AUGGAAAACACCGUUGACGGUCACCGUCUCCAACCUUCCGUCCCGUUAAGCUCCCUCGUUGAAAUCCAUCAAAGCUUUGAAACGUAUGAGUUAUACAAAGAGACGCCAUUCGUCUGCAUGCCGUUCUUCGGACCCAAAACUCCGUUUACUAAUCAUCUAACGGUGACGGAACCGUUCAACGUCGGACCUGAGUCGUUCGAUAUCUCUUCUCUUUUCUCUCCUCCUGACUCAAAACCCGAACCCGCAAGAGUUAUGGAUGAUUCUAUCGCUGCCGUGGUAGGCGAAGACGUACUGUUCGGUAAUAAUAACAAAGCUACCGAUGAUCACUUUACCGCGACGGAGACCGAAGACGGCGUGAAGAGAUGGCGGAAGAUGGCGCAGAAGAACGGAGGAUUCAGAGGGGUGAGGAAGCGACCGUGGGGGAGAUGGUCGGCGGAGAUAAGAGACAGGAUUGGGCGGUGCAGACACUGGUUAGGAACGUUCGACACGGCGGAGGAGGCGGCGCGUGCUUAUGACGCGGCGGCGAUGAGGCUGAGAGGGACGAAAGCCAAGACCAAUUUCGCGGUUGCUCCGGUAUUUCCAGAGGAGAUAGCUCAGUCGGGGGAGGAUAUUAGGAGGAGGAGGAAGAAGAAGAAAAGGGUGAAUGUGAGCAAGUGUGUUAAAGUCACUUCGGUUGCACAAUUGUUCAGUGAUACCAACACCUUGACUUCUUCUACUUGUCACUAUGGAAACGUGAUUAGUCCUUUUCAUGAUCUUGAUCUAAAUUUUUGGGUUUAG